GAAAUAGGGCAGCCGCGGCGUCGGUCGCGCAGCAGCGGGCAGAGGCGGCUCAGAGAGCCGGAGCCCCGACAACCUCCAGGGCGCCCGGGACCCGCCGACAGCCAGAGAGACCGACCGAAGGACGCAGGGCCAGGUCGCGCCGCCGCUGCCGCCACGGGGCGCUUCCGCCUGCCCAAGUCCGGCCACCUGGUCUUCUCCUCGGCCCCGGCCGCCGCAGACUCAACAAAAUGAAAACAGGACACGUUUGGCUUCAUCUUGCACUGCUCGGGGCUUCCCUGCCAGCUGUGCUGGGGUGGAUGGACCCAGGAACCAGCAGAGGUCCGAACGUGGGUGUGGAGGAGUUGCAGGCAGAGGAAUCCAGAAGCUUUGAAGUCACAAGAAGAGAAGGACUUUCUGGCCACGCAUCCUGCGGAAAGAAGCUAUGCAGCCGCGGGAGCAGAUGCACGCUCAGCAGGGAGACGGGGGAGCCCGAGUGCCGGUGCCUGGAGGCCUGCAGGCCCAGCUACAUGCCCGUGUGCGGCUCCGACGGGAGGCUCUAUGAAAACCACUGUGAGCUCCACCGUGCCGCUUGCCUGCUGGAGAGGAAGAUCGUGGUCGUCCACAGCAAGGACUGUUUCCUUAAAGGUGACCCAUGCACCAUGGCCAGUUACGCCCGCCUGAAGAAUGUCCUUCUGGCGCUCCAGACCCGCCUGCAGCCACUCCGAGAGGGAGACAGCAGACAAGACCCUGCCUCCCAGAAGCGCCUCCUGGUGGAAUCUCUGUUUAAGGAUUUGGAUGCAGAUGGUAAUGGCCACCUGAACAGCUCUGAAUUAGCUCAGCACGUGCUGAAGGAGCAGGACUUGGAGGAGGACUUCCUAGGGUGCUUGCUGGGCGACCUCCUCCGAUUUGACGACUACAACAGUGACGGCUGGCUGACCCUCCGCGAGUUCUACACAGCCUUCCAGGUGGUUCAGCUCAGCCUCGCCCCUGAGGAGAGGGUCAGCGUGACCACAGUGACCGUGGGGCUGAGCACGGUGCUGACAUGCGCUGUCCGAGGAGACCUGCGGCCACCCAUCAUCUGGAAGCGCAACGGGCUGGCCCUGAACUUCCUGGAUUUGGAAGACAUCAAUGACUUCGGAGAGGACGACUCCCUCUACAUCACCAAGGUGACCACCAUCCACAUGGGCAAUUACACCUGCCACGCCUCCGGCCACGAGGAGCUGUUCCAGACCCACGUCCUGCAGGUGAAUGUGCCACCUGUCAUCCGCGUCUAUCCCGAGACACAGGCACAGGAGCCAGGGGUGGCGGCCAGUCUGAGAUGCCACGCAGAGGGCAUUCCUAUGCCCAGAAUCACUUGGCUGAAAAAUGGCAUGGAUGUAUCAACCCAGAUGUCUAAACAGCUCUCCCUUUUAGCCAGUGGGAACGAACUCCACAUCGGCAGCGUCCGGUAUGAAGACACAGGGGCGUACACCUGUAUUGCCAAAAAUGAAGUGGGCGUGGAUGAAGACAUCUCCUCGCUCUUCAUUGAAGACUCAGCUAGGAAGACCCUUGCAAACAUUCUCUGGCGAGAGGAAGGUACCCAGCUGACUUGUUCUGUAUUGUGCCUGUCAUCACGUGUGUUUGUGGUUUUCCAAUGGGCCAUCUCUCCAGGAGCCGCCAUCAGCUUUUCCAGACACCAAGCAGUCCCCACCAGUGGGGUCCAUGUGCCAAAUUGGAUGGGAAGGGGGAGGUCAAUGUCAAACUCAAGUGGCAAACAGGGAAGCAGAUUUAAAACCUACUACCAUCAGUUUUCGGAGAAGCCCCAGGAGGCUGUUCCUGGGGAAGAAAUCUGUCCUCAAGGGGAAGGAGAUACCAGCCAGCUGUGUGAGUGGGCGUCGGCAGUGAACGUCAGGCAUCGCUACAUCUACGUGGCCCAGCCAGCCCUGAACAGGAUCCUCGUGGUUGACGUUCAAGCCCAGAAAGUCCUCCAGUCCAUAGGUGUGGACCCUCUGCCAGCUAAGCUGUCCUAUGACAAGUCGCAUGACCAAGUGUGGGUCCUGAGCUGGGGGGACGUGCGCAAGUCCCAACCAAGCCUCCAGGUGAUCACAGAAGCCAGCACCGGCCAGGGCCAGCAUCUCAUCCGCACACCCUUUGCAGGAAUGGACGAUUUCUUCAUUCCCCCAACAAACCUUAUUAUCAACCACAUCAGGUUCGGCUUCAUCUUCAACAAGUCAGUCCCCGCAGUUCACAAAGUCGACCUGGAAACGCUGAUGCUGCUCAAGACCAUCGGCCUACGGAGUCACCGCUGCCUGCCCCAGGCCAUGGCCCACACCCACCUGGGCGGCUACUUCUUCGUCCAGUGCCGACAAGACGAGGCCACUUCUGCUCCACAGCUGCUAAUCGACAGCGUCACGGACUCCGUGAUUGGCCCCAACAGCGAUGUGAGCGGCACCCCACACGCGUCCCCGGACGGGCGCUUCGUGGUCAGCGCGGCCACCGCCAGCCGCCAGCUGUACGUGCAGGAGGUCACGCUGCGCGGGGAGAUCCGGACCCUCUACCACCUGAGAAUACGCCAGGGCAUCUCGGACUUGGCCUUCCAGCGCUCCUUCACCCACAGCAAUCAGUACUACGUGUACGCCACGCUGGAGGCAGAGCCCGCCCUGCUCUUCCUGGAGCUGUCCACCGGGAAGAUGGGCGUGCUGGAGGACUUCAAGGAGCCGCCCGCGGGCCCCGCCCGGCCCUGGGGAGGGCCCCGCAGGAUCGUGAGGGACAGCGGGCUGUUUGGACAGUACCUCCUCACGCCAGCCCAAGAGUCACUGUUUCUCAUCAACGGGCGACAAAACGCACUGCGGUGUGAGGUGUCGGGAAUAAAAGGGGGGACCACAGUGGUGUGGGUGGGCGAGGUAUGAAGGAGGCCAGCCCAGAGCCUGGGCCAUGGAGCCCCACUUUGUCCUGUCACCGCAGCCCCAAGCAGGCGCGCUGUACAUUUUUUUACAGACAAAAGCAAAAACCUGUUAUUCGCUUUGUGGUUCAACACUGGUCUCCUUGCAAGUUUCCUAGUCUAAGGUAUGCGCUGCUAAACCAGACUGGGGUUUUGUUCGUUAGGAAGUAUGAGGUAUGCCUUGAGCUAUGUGGAGAACCCAUGCUGCUGUGUAACGGAGUCAUUUCUGCGCCCAGCGACACGCCCGCCAUGUUACCUGGGAAUGCCAUGGGACCGAGAGCUCUGCUUUCCAGGCAGACACUUCCGUCGGUUGCCUUCACGUCCUCAUUCUCCUUUACCGCCAGAUCCAGCCAGACUUCACCCUGAUGGAGUGGCCUGAAACCAGGCCUGGAGACACGGGCCCACCAGGAGCAUGGGCUUCCCCUCCUGGCACCAGAGCCACAUCUGUCCUCGCUCUGCACCUUCUUCCUCCUUUGCAGCUGCUUCUUGCUUUUCUUUCCAUUUGACUUGUAAGCCUGAGAGAGAGCCAACAAGACUAUGGCAUCUUGGGGGAUGGGGAAAUCACUCACUUUAUUUUGGAAAUUUUGAUUAAAAGAUAAUUUUUUAUAAUCGCAAAUGCUAGUAAGCAGAAAGACGCUCUCCGAGGUCCAGCGCUAUUCUUCCCUGCCUUAGGCCAAGUCUCUGAGAGUCACCACCCCACAUCCCACAGCCAGAAAGAACAUUGGUCAUCAAAGAAUAACAGUCCUCUACACCCCUAACAUCCCAAAGUGCAGAUCGGGCCACCACACUGGUAAAGACUCCAUUCUGGGUUGGGACCCCAAGAGACCAGGACAAACCCUGCAUGCCUGCUUUUCACCACUGAAGAGAGACAUUAGUAGCCAGACCCAAGGAAGACUGGGCUUGCCUGGCAAGGUGUGAGCAGCCUGCCGACUAGAGACCUCCAGGCUCAACACAGAAACCCCAAGAACACAAGUGGGAUCCAGGCGGGUUCCAUUAGGUGAUCCCCUUUAAAAAUUAGUUUCUUUUCUGCCUGUGGCCCUUGCACUCAGCUCUGGUGCCCCCAGCCCCUGCAUCAUCACAGAACAGUUAGCACAGUGUUUUCAGUAAGUGUUAUUCUUACACACAGGCCCCUCUCUCCCCUUAAUACACACUUUAAAACACAGAAUCAGAAGGAUUCGGCCGGUUAGUAUCCUGCUGAAUUAUUCCCAAAUGUCUCAGGCUAUGGUGGGCUCUCAGAAGUACAACCCCAAGCAGCCCUGUAAAGACAUCAUGUGUCAGAGAACCCCUGGAAGGAAGAGGCUCCCUUAAGCUCUGAGAACCCCCCUUUCCUUCUCACUCACAUCAUUGGCCAUCACUCUGGUAUGCUUUCUGGCUUAAAUGAUCAUUUUUCAAGCCACCUGGCAUUGGGAGAGGUGGUCCCAUCACGGACACCUUAGUUAGUUUCGCCCUUUCACCGGACAACACAGUCAUGAUUUUCCUGUGCUGCUGAGGAAUGGCCCCUUUCCAGGAAAGGAAGAUACAGACCCUGCCUCACUCUAAAUACGCACAGCUCUCUUUCACUCCCACCUGACUGCCCAACCCACCUGAGCCCCCACCCCCUCCCCGUUCCCUGAGAUCAGCCAGUCUUCUCGUGUGUCUCAUGCUUAGUUCACCAAACACCUGUUCCCUACAACUCCAAGGAGUGUGCCUAGGUUUGUACAGUCACACUUUAAAUUUUUUUAAAAGGUUAAAUAUGUAGAUAUAGAUUGAAGAAACUGACUUCAAAAGCCUAAUAUUCAGUUUCACGAUAGCUAGGAUGGAUGACUAACACAUCUCACCCUUUCUUUUUACCCUUGACACGUACUUCCAAACUCCCACUUCUAUCACUGAAAUUUUCCAAUUUUAAUGAACUUCGCUCUUUGGAAAAAUCUUCUAAAUUGUGGCAGCCCCUGGCAGAAAAAGUCUCUGAGCCCAACUGAGAAAGAGCCCCGCUGAUGGCCAGACCCAAACGUUGGUCCCUCUGUGUUGCAGGAUUCCUAAGUAAAAGACCAAUCUGAUCCCAACUGGCCUUUGAAACUAAGAAUGACUUCUGUGGCAUCUGCUCCUUUUCCACAAUUCCCUCCAUUUCUAAGUGUGUCUAAAAAGCAUAGCUGCCUCUCAUUGUCCUCCUCACUGUGCAGUCACGAGAGACGGCCAGCUUUGGUCUCACUGCCCACAUGCCAGACACUAUCGAAUCAGAGCAGAGAAUCACAGAACUGAAAUUAUGAAAUUGACAAAAUCACAAGGGCUGGAGGGUCAAUGGUUUCUCAGCACUGCAACCAACAGAACUGCUUGCAUGGGAGGCAGGGGAAAGGUUGGCCCCAGAAGAGGCUCAUGGAACACAGUUUGAAAGCCACCGGGGUAAGAAGUCAUCUUAACAGGUGGGCCUUGAAGCAAACCCAGCCAGUGAUCUUCCUAAAAUACACAAAAGAUCAACUAAUUACUACUACUUCCCAUUAAAGAAGUAACCCUUUCACCAAAAGAAUCACCAAAAAAGCUGCUUACAUAAUGAACAAUUUCAACAUUAUUGAAUUUUGAAAUAAAAUUAAUUUCACAAAAAUUCAACAUCGAUUUUUUUUUCAGAAUAACAAACACAUAAUCUACACCUGUGUUGACAUUAAAGCUUUGAAAUGAAGGCCCUCAUUCUCCUGCCCAAGUGAGCAGAACCCCACAGGGAGGUUCUGGGUUCAAAAGCCCGCCCAUCUGCCCCAGACUGGUGAUAGGAAGAGGGAUUUAUCUGUUUCUAGACAAUUGCGUAGACUUUCUGCACAAGUAGGCCUGGGCAUAGACCACACCCAAGAUGGCAAAUGCCUGCCCCAGCAACCCUGACCCAGCGAGCCCUGCCUGGGGUUGGCCCUGGCUUCUUUCUUAAAUCUCCAAGUCAUUCGAGGGUCCUACUACCUCCCCCAAACCCCCAGAAGUAGCCAGAAGAGCUGCUUGAAAGUCUUGGUAGGGGCCAACCGCUACCACUAAGCUUCAGAUACUUCGAUCUAGAGAUAGUGUCACCAGGCACAGAAGCUCAGUCUCUGCCAUUCCCACUCCCUACCCGGCCCCCUCCUCACCUCCCUGCUCCUCUGUACAGAAAAGGGCACCUGGCUCCAGAUAGGUGUCCUAGAGGACAGCUCUCAACCCCAGAUAAAGCCAAGAACCACCCGCUGCCCUGAAAUGGUAACUGCUGAGUCUUCAUGCAGGAAAGCAGCCUGGAGUCCACUUCGUACAGCUACAACUUCCUGUUGACCAAGAACCUGUGAACUAAAGGCCAUUUCAAAACUGAGCUGUGAAACAGAUUCAUUUGGAUAUAUUUUUCUACAAGGGGCUUAAAAAAUAAUCGAUUGAUAUUUCAGAAUGUGUUUCCUUCAUAUACCACGGAUGCUGCACCAGCUUUAUCACCAAACCCCACAGCUCGCCCUCUCUGUUCCUCCUCUUCAGAAGCAAGACUUCAGGGGAGUUAACACCACUCCCCCCUCCCUCCUACGCAUCCGCCAAUCUACCUCACAUCCUCCUCCCUGCACCCAGCUCUAGAGCGCUGGCCCCAUGGCAGGAGGCCAGACAGGUGAUGCAGGACAAUGACAAUGCUGACAUGAAGGCUUUUGCCACCCUCCCCCACCCAGGACCCCAGAUCCCACUCCAAAUGCAGUCAGAACUCAUGGACACAGCCCCUUGCUGCCCUGACUCACACCCCCCAAACCUUUGCUUGCUUGCAGCCCUUCGGAGUUAGGUGACCAAGACUAGAGAGAACUCAGAGCCAUCAGGGAAGUCAGCUGUUAUCAGACAGAAACUGUUGGAGAAGGACAGAGACCGUGACAUCUGAGCCAAGCCUCGUCCCUUAGAGGGCCUGAGCUACAGCUCCGUGUAUUCCAUUUUAUUCUCUGUCUUCCCCUUCCCACGUCUUGGGCCUUUUGCUCCUACAAUUCACAUGGCAACCAACCUGACCGCCACAUCAGCCCCCAUGGCCUUUGUCCAUGCUGCUUCCUUGCAUUGUGGUACAAGUAAGAAAUCAUGCAGAGGACUAGAUGCUACUAUUUGCCCCCAGACUGGCACACAGGCAAAGCAGUUUCGUUCAAGAAAGUCUCAAGCUUCCUUGGUUUCUCUCCAAAAUCAUAGAGAUCACAGGACAGGCAGAGUUGCUUAAAAGAUUCAAAGGGAAAAUAUAUAGUGCCUAUCCUCAAGGUGUAACUGCACGACUCUAAAUACCUGACGGAAUACAACCAACUUCUGGCUUUGGUCUACACCAAAUUACCUGCCAAGUCAUGUGAGGAUGUGAGCACCUUCUCUGGGCCUGCAGGCUUUAGGCACCACCAUCCAGCAGACAGCAGGAGCCCAGCAAGCAAGGUCUCAUGCAUCCUCUGGAGCUCUGGGCAGCAAGUGGGAAUUGAACCAAACACAACGUGUAAAAUUAUGGAAAAUACAGACUGGGGAUUGGGCUUCAACAUUCACAGCGAGGCUUCUUUAGCCAGCACCAGAGUGUUGAGUGUGUGUUUGUUUGGGGUUUUUUUUGAUAAAGCCACAGUUCACACACUCCCCUUUCCAAGCUCACUUUGACUAAUAUGCGACCAUCCCUUUUCCCUGUGGCCCCAGAGAACAUGGGCCACGCCCUACAGGGCUUUAGAGGGCUUCGUCUGCACUCCACAAAGCAAUAACUGUUAACUCACCCCAACCCCAAGCCUGGUGACAUGUGACUCUCCACAUGUCACCAUUGCAGGAUAGGAGAAGACUGCCUUCUGGGGGCACCCUCUUCAAGAUCGGAGCUUCAUUUCUGAGGAAGGGCAACCAGUACUGGCUGGUUACAGGGCCCAAGAGCUCUCAAAUGAGAACAUUUUUAAAAAUCUAAACCUUCAUCCACAGCCCAGCGUGAUGUCUGCCAUAGGUUUAAGAGUUGUUGGUCCCUUGCUACUUCAGCUGCUUCAGAGAGGUAAGGGACAACAGAUCUGCAAGCUACACUCCCCCCCACCCAGACCCACAGCACACCCUUCUGUGGCGCCCCGUUGGCCCACACCCUCACUGCCCGGCUCCUGUGGCUGGCCAGCACCCCCGCCCUGGUCCCGUCACACCCUGCCUUCCCCAAACUGCUUGCGCUUUCUGAAGGCCUUGUAAGGUGAUCUAAAAGCAGAACUGGGCAUGGAGUUUUGCUGGAGUGGUCACACCCUGUUUCCUGCUGUAGUGUAGCUGAAUGACCCUCAAGAUAUGAUGUCACACACACACCAUUUAUCCUGUUAGGAUUCUCAUCCUCCCACACCUCAGAAAACUUUCAGAUCUCUUAUGUCAAGGCAGGUUACGUUAUUUUGAGCAGUUGUGUAGAUUCCAAAAUAUAUUUUCUGUAAUCACCAGUAUUUCUCAAAAGGCCUCCUGUAAUUACUAUACAUGUGAAUUUUUCCUUAUUUAUAAAAUAUAUAUAAAUUAUUUUUAAUACAUCAACUUUAGUAGAAAUUUGUACCAACACAGUAACAGUAUGUGGCAUUUGAAAUAAGUUUGUGUUUACUUUGAUGUAUUACACAGUAUUGAACAUGCCGUGUGUUUGCAGCACCACUUGAUAUAAAGCCGAUUCACAAGUUAUCAUAAAGUAUUAUCAUUGUAAAUGCUCUUUUUCUGAGGAUUUUACAAUAAAA